UCGGCGUUUGCGUGCCCAGCUCCUGUAAUCAACAUGACGUCAUUCAGACACUGGACGGCAGUAUCUACUGGCGUUUCUUUGUUCAGCAGGGAAUACUGCAAGUGACGUCAGCCUAUUCACAGGAGUCCCCACCAAUCCAGAAUGUCACUAUUGCUGCGAUCUGUAUCUGCAGUGUUCUCCUCCUCCUCAUUGCGAUGGGAACCAUCUAUGACAUCAUCAUCCACCAACCCCGACUGAUGGCCAUUAAAAUGCAAAAGGAGAGUGAAGCACAAGAAUCUGACGUCACUGCGAAUUUACCUGACGAAAGGACACUGCUGGUGAACCGACUUCCACGCAAGGAAACCCACGCAACCGAAGAAGGUAUGACCGGCCGUAUCCUCCUGUGCUUCUCCCUCUACACCAACGUCGGGAAGGUCCUCAGCACCAAACAGGCGCCCGGCAGCAUCAAGUGCCUGCACGGCAUCCGCUUCAUCAGUAUGAGCUGGGUCAUUCUGGGACACACAUACAGUUGUGCUGAACCGCACGUCGACAACUCGCUGCAAGUCUCGGAGGCCUUGCAGACAUUUACAAUUCAAGCCAUCAGUAAUGCCUCCGUUUCUGUGGACUCGUUCUUCUUCCUCAGUGGUCUCCUGAUGUCAUACCUUUUAAUCAAGCAGAUGGAGAAGAACAGAGAAAAGGGAAAAUCGGUUCCAUACGGGAUGGUGUAUUUCCACAGAUAUUGGAGGUUGACACCUACAUACAUGUUCGUCUUGAUGCUGUGGAUGUGGGUGCUUCCCUACAUGUUCUCUGGUCCAUUCUGGCCGCAAGCUCCUAACGGACUGGAUCCAUCCUGUCAGGACAACUGGUGGACAAACCUGCUGUAUAUCAACAACGUGGUCAACCUUGAGAGGGAGUGCAUGGGGUGGACCUGGUAUUUGCCAAAUGAUAUGCAGUUCUUCGUCAUCGGAGUUCCUCUCGUCUACAUACUGUACAGAUGGCAGAUAUUGGGGAUUGCUUUGCAGCUGGUUCUCCUGUUGGCAAGCUUCAUCACUACUGCAGUGCUCAGUUGGCAUUAUGACAUGAAAGCACCCUUGGGGUAA